AUGAACUUUUUAAGAAAUACCUUCAGCUCCUUUCCUUAUUACCAAGAAAAAACACCUAUAUACUCCACAGGCUUAUGGGAUGUUUAUGCAGGAUCCUCAAAAAAAGAUAACAAUGUAAAAGUUUGCAUAUUUAUUUAUAAAAAUAAUGAUAUCUCCACUAGUACCAACACCACUGAUUUGAUUUUCAAGAAUGCUAAACAAUUAAGAUUACCUGGUUUAGUUAAAGUUUUGGAUGUUUUCCCAGAUUCUAACAUUAUCGUCACCGAACAAGUGUUUAAAUUACAUCUAAAUGAUGAUGCCGAAAAAACCGAAGACUCCAUAGCUUUAGGGCUAUAUCAACUAAACAAAAUUUUACAGUUGUUGGUUGAGAAUAAUUUAGAGAUCACCGGAUUGGACUUAAAUAACGAUAUUUAUUACAAUAAAGUCGGAGAAUGGUGUAUUUUUGCUUUGGAAAAUAUCGUACCUUGUAACAAUGACAAUAGAAACAAUAACACCCUUCAAGUAUUUAAAACUUUUAUUUUGUCCAAUUUCCCCCAAUUUAAGAAGUUUCUUACCAACAACACCAACAUUAAUGCGAAAAGACUUGCAUCUUCUUCUUUAUCCAUAUUAAAAAGUUUUCAACAUCAAAUCAAAGCACAAUAUAAACUUAUUCAACUAUUUGAUUUUUUACAGAAUGAAUUCCCAUUUAUCACUGAUAAUCAAGAACAGUUUUCGACUUUGAUCCAAUGGGCCAAAAUUUUAUUGCCCGACGUUAAUGGAGCAACCAUAUUGGAUGCUACUACACCUAAUCUGUGUCACAAAUUUAUCAUGCCCUUUUUUAACCAAUAUUUACUUUCUAAUAACAAUAUUUCACAAGAUAGUACCAACGAAAAUAAGUUACUUCUUUUAUUGCUCGUAACAUUGUCCAACAUUAAACACAGUGAUCCAGCACAAGCAAAAACAUUAGUGUUGACACAACUCAAAUGUCCUAAUAGACAGGUUAGAUUUCUAUUAUUGAAAUUUUUACCACAUUAUAUAGCAUUUUUCCCUAAAACUUCAAUCAAUAAAGAAUUGUAUCCUUUAAUUCUAACUGGAUUAAGUGACGAAAAUUUACAAAUCAAAGUGAACACCUUAAAAGUGUUUGAAGCUGGCGAUACCAACUCUUUAUUAUCUCAACUUGACUUGAAAAUUAUUAAUAAUGAUUUCCUACGUCAUUUAGCUAAUUUACAAAAUAUUAGAACUAAUAUAAAUAAGGGCAAUUAUAAGGUUAAGUUGAUGGUGUUGGAUAUUUUGUGUAACGAUAUUUUGGAUAAAUUGAUUGAUUAUCAAGGUGCGGACAAAGCUUUACUGAUUGUUAGUACCGCACUAAUUAAAACUUUGAAUCAACCAGCCGAAUCAACAAGGGUCAAAUUACAUUGUUUGAAAUUAAUUAAUAAAAAACUAAUAUCUAAUAAGGGGAAAAACGAUAUUAGUGACGAAGAUAAUAAAAUUAAUGAUUGGCCGAUUGAUAUCUUGAUUAAUAAAUUACUAAGUGGCGUAGCUCCAAUUAUGAUGGAUGGAAGCCCUAAAGUUAGAAAAUUAGCUAGCCAAGUAUUUAAAAAAAUAUGUACUGAGUUGGAACGAAAGGUUGAAGAAACUAUUGAUUCCACUGAUUAUACCGACGAACAGUUAAAUGAGGAAUCAAGCGAUGAAAACGAUAUCUGUGAAAUAAAUGAAUCAUUAAAUGUUAAUGAGUUUGUACUAGUUAGAGAAAUGGUUGCGAAUUUAGGCCUAGAUAUGAACAAUUCUUUUUAUGAUAAUAAAAAUUCUAAUAAAAUAGAAUCUUCUAUAUGUAAGGAUUUGGGUGAUAUUAAAAUCAAUAAUACAAGCUAUAACAAGUUAGCUACCCCUGAUGAAAGUUUAUGGGAUCAAGGUGACAAUGAUGAUGAUGAUGAUGACAAUUGGAAUACUGAAGAUGAUUAUAAUUCCGUUAAAACUGCCAAACCACGAACAAAAAAAGUUUUUACUACUAAAUCAAUAUCGACUAAAAAAGACUUUAAAUCUGUAAAAGGAACAUCAAAUAACAGUCCAAAAAUAAUAGACGAUGAUUGGGGUUCUGCAUGGGAUGAAUUUGAAGACAAUGAUGACAACGAUCUUUUAGAAAUUGAUAGUAAAAACACUUCUUCUAAGGUCACCUCUAAUAAAAUCCCCACGUCCUCAACUUCCAAGGAUAAUAUCGGUACCAAGGUUUCAAUACAGAAACCAUCCUGGAUGGAUGAUGAUAUUGCUUCCACACAACCCAAAAGAAGCCACGGAAAAACUAUUAAAACGAACGCUUCACGCAUAACAACAGCCUCUAAAAAGAUUAAUUCGCAAACGGCUUUUAAAAACAUGUCGAUCGGUAAUAACAGUAACAAGCGUUCCGUAGCUCAUAAAAAUAACAAUCAGGACGAUAUUGACGAUUGGGGUGAUGAUUGGUGA